AUGGCAACCUUAAGGAAAACUAAUUUACAAGAAAUUUUUUAUUUUUCCAAAUUUUUUAUGAACGCAUGUUUUAUAUCCCUUUUGGUAAUUACAGUGAAUUGUUUUAAAUACGCACAAUAUGUAUAUAAUAAAGAUAUAGGAGUUUAUAAUGAAGAGAUAGGGAUAAUAUAUAAAAGAUGGCUAGCUGAAAGUAAUAAAAAUUUCUUUUUCAAUAAGGACAAUUUGGGUUUUGGAAAUUCAUCAGUGGAUUAUUAUUCUGUGUUGGGAGUUAGUAAAGGAUGCUCAGAAGAUGAUUUAAGAAGAGCAUAUUUAAAGCUAGCCAUGAAGUGGCAUCCUGAUAAACAUGUUCACAAAGGAACAAAAGAGGAAGCCGAAGAAAAGUUUAAAAAUAUAUGUGAAGCUUAUAGUGUUUUAUCAGAUAAUGAACAAAGAGAAAAAUAUGAUUUAUUUGGAAUAGAUGCAUUAAAACAAUCAGGAUUUAAUAGUUCAAAUGUUGAAGGAAAUAUAUCAAUAAAUCCAUUAGAAGUAUUUACAAAGGCAUAUAGUUUUUAUAAUAAAUAUUUUUCAAAAUCUGGAAGUUUUGGAAAUAAUAAUAUUUUUACUCAUAUUAAAAAUUUAUAUCCAAUGAGGAAUGAGGUUUCGGAAGAUUGCAGUUGUAAUAAUGUGGAAGAAUAUGAAGUACCCCUUUACGUAUCAUUAGAAGAUUUAUAUAACGGGUGCACUAAAAAAUUAAAAGUAACAAGAAAGAGAUAUGAUGGAUCUUAUUUAUAUUAUGAAGAUUAUUAUUUAAAUGUUGAUAUAAGACAAGGAUGGAAUAAUGGAACAAAAUUAACGUUCCAUGGUGAAGGGGAUCAGAGUUCUCCAGAUUCUUAUCCUGGUGACUUAGUUUUAGUUUUACAUACAAAAAAUCAUAAUAGAUUUGUAAGAAAGUCUCGAGAUUUAUAUUAUAGACAUAUAAUAACAUUAGAACAAUCACUAACAGGAUUUGAUUUUGUUAUUAAAUCUUUAGAUAAUAGAGAGAUAUAUAUACAAAUAGAUGAAGUAGUGAAACCAGAUACAAAGAAAGUUAUAACAAAUGAAGGAAUGCCUUAUUCAAGAGAUCCAAAUAUUAGAGGAAAUCUUAUUGUUGAAUUUGAUAUUAUAUAUCCUAAUACAAUUAAAAAAGAGCAAAAAAAAUUAAUAAAGGAGAUAUUUAAAGAAAACAACUAA